CGCCGCAGCAUGUCGCAGCCAGGCGACGCUGCCGCUGACGGCGCUCAGCCUCCAACACCCUCGCAGUCAUCGCCACCACGCUCGCCCGCCUCGCCGGCGCCUGCCGCUCGCCGCAGCCCGGCGCCGUCGCCCGGCGGCCCGGCACACCCGCUGCUCGCGCCGCAGUCGCCGCUCGACGCCUUCCACGCCGGCGCCGCGCCGCGCACGUCGCCCACGCUCUCGCCCACGACGGCGCUGGCGCAGAGUGCCGCGCCCGCCGCGCCGAGCAGCAGCACGUACGGCUCGCUGAGCUAUGCGCCGCGCAAGCGCCCGCCGCACCUGCACUCGCUGAGCCACCAGUCGGCCGCCACCAGCAGCGGCAGCGGCAGCGGGCAGUUGACGCCAUCGCUCUCGUCGCCGGCGCUCGCCUCACAGCUGCUGGCGCCGCCGCCGCUGCACGACGAGCCGCGCACGUCGGACGCCGAGCGCAGCCUGGCGCUGCAGCGCCUCAAGGCCGAGGCGCAGGCGGCGGGCCUGGCGCCGCAGUCGCUCGGCUGGGCCAUGCUCGAGCAGCUCGCGAUGGGCGAGGGCGAAUGGGCGGAGCUGGCGGCACUGGCAGACGAUGGCCAGGCAACGCUCCUUCUGCCGCGCUCGUCGUGGAGCGGCACCCACGUCAGCGUGCCGCUUUCAACUAUGCAUAGCCACGUGCUCUGCGCACGCGAGCGGCCAGUUCCAGAACGGAGAGCAGAGAUCGUGACGCUGUCCGGUCUGCGAGGCACGCUCGGCGAGCGGACAAAGGAGGAUGCCGCCACUGAGCUCUCGUUUGGCUCCUUCAUCCCGCGCUCCGAUCAUGCUUUUGUGGGAGACUUGCGAGACGAGUCCAGCCGCAGUGCCUUGCUUUCGGGCCUCUCUCCCUUGCCGAUACCCGGCUGUGCGCCCGUCAAUCCCGCGUUCACACUCUCGACGCACCUCGCAGAGCUUUCUCUGCCUCCGGCACCGCCACUCCGAGCGCCUCCAUCGCUGCCGCACCGCCGACCUGCACGUGCCUCUGACGCUUCGGAGACCGCACGACGAGCAGCAAAUCGAGCCUCUACGUCCUUCAGCACGCUGUUCGGCGGGUCUGGAAGGGCAGCACGGCAACGCGGCGAGAGCACGACGAGCAGUAUCGAGGCGCCGGCACCGGCACAAGAUCCAGCGCUGCUGGCACCGCCGGAUCUCGCUGCUCCCGGCUCCAGAGCGCAGCAACCCGAGCAAGCACGCUCGAUAAGCGCGUGGAUCGUCGACCGCGAGGUGCGCAAGUCGGCUGUGCUGCGCGAGAUGGAAGCUGCCACUCGCGCACGGCUCUCGACGACGUUGCGAGAAGGAGGGCUCAGCGAGGCUGUCAUCGAAGUCGUCUGCAGCUUCGCUUCUGCCUUCUUUCCGCCGGCAGCGACCACAAGCUCGCCCAGCCCGCGCUCACCAGGCUUCGUCGUCGCAGCGCCGUACCUGCAAAGCGCAGACGUCAUGUCUGAGAGCUUCCAGGACAUGUGUGCGAGCCUGCGCGAUCAAAUACGGGAUGGACUGCAAGACACAGAGAAGAACAGCGAUCGCACUGACGAGCUGGUCGAGCUUGCGGAAGCCGUGCUCACAAGGGAGCUCUAUGAUCGCAUCUUUGCGCCCGCGACUUCGCGCGACGCACGCUACGACGAAGCCUUGGCCCUCCGCAUCGAGGCGCUCAACGACAUGGGCCUGGACCUCGGGCACCUCGGCUUGCUCGUUCCGCAGCCAGACGAGUCCGGCCUCGACGUCGGCGCCGCACUGCGCAGCUUGGCACAGGAGUGCGGCGCUGCCCUGCAGCAGUUAAGCAAGUCGACAUGCCGUUCGCCUCGCGAUCAGCUUGCGGCGUUGGUCAGCGCGCACCAAGUCGUCGUCGAGGGCCUGGCGAGCCUGCCAAAGAUUGAGCUCAAGGACGAUGCCGUUCCUGACGCUGUCAAGAUCGAUGCCUCGGACGCCGCCACCAAAUCGUCGCCUCCAGCGGAGAAAGCGGCCUCACCUCCCGCGUUGCCGGCCACGAAACCUCGCACAUCCAGCGCCGACCUGAUCCUCCCGAUGCUCAUCUACUCGAUUGUACUGAGCAACCCGAGGCAGCUGCACAGCCACCUACUCUUCAUCCAGCGCUUCCGCACCGAGAGCCUCCUGCGCGGGCAGGAGAGCUACUGUCUGGUGAAUGUGCAGGCUGCCGUGGCGUUUCUGGCCAAUGUCGAUCCGCGAGUGCUGGGCCUCGGCGAUGACCUGUCCAGAUUCGACAGGGCCGACGACGUGCUCCGCUCGCCGCACAGGGCGCAGAGCUCGGCAACCGCUGCGGAAGGGGCCUCCGCACCGAUGCGCAUCCGAGGCCGCGUGGCGCAGGAGAUUGGCGAGCUGGCGGGCGUGUCGAAUCGCGUCAUUACCGGCGUGAUGGGCACCAGCUUCAGUGCCUUUAGUCGGAUCAUGGGCGCCGGCAAUGAAGCACGCAGUAUCGAGGAACCCAAGGACAGGACUCAGACUGGCAGCUCUCGCCCUGCGUCGCUGAGGCAAGGGAGCACGGGCGACCAGUGGCUCGUGCCUGAGGGCGCUCGGCGACUUGCGGGCGCCGCCGAGCACGCUUUGGAGCGAGGGCCACGCAUGAUCGGCGAAGGCGGUACUGACUACGGCGCCGAGGACUCAUUUUCGCUGCCGAUCCCGGAUGCCAGGCCACCGCUCUCGGAGAAACCGAGUCUGUCGGACCGCCUCGCCUCACUCCCGAUGCUCAGCCGGCUCUCCGCGACGUCGCCGAGCGGAGGCCCGCAGCGCGUGCUGUCGCCGGCACGCUCGCUCCGCGAUCUGCCUGGUCCGCCGCCGCCGCUGAAGCCCGUCCGGACGCACUCGGGCAGCUCGAGCAUCCCCAGUCCACUGCCAUCGCCGCGGCAUCUGGCCGCACCAGACCUACCCUCAUCGCCGGUCCAGUCGUCCUUUGAUGUGCCUGCAUCGCUGCAGUCUCCCUACGCACCGCUAGCGAACCCACCGACUGCUGCACGCCCGCUGCACGUCGUCCUUGCGAGCACUGGCAGCGUCGCGAGCAUCAAGAUUCCGCUCAUCGUCGAGGCGCUGCUGCAACAUGCAAACGUGCGCGUCCAGCUGGUGGCGACCGAGCACAGCCUGCAUUUCUUCGACGCCGCCGCGCUGGGCGAGCAGGCGGGCUACGGCGUGCAGGAUCUGGCGCAGGAGAACCGGGCGGCGGUGCGCAACCUGCCGCCCACUGCGAGGCCGCGGAUGCACGUGUGGCGGGAUGCCGACGAGUGGAGCUCAUGGAAGAGCGUCGGCGACCCAAUCCUGCACAUUGAGCUCCGUCGAUGGGCCGACAUCGUGCUCGUUGCGCCGUGCAGCGCCAAUACGCUCGCCAAAAUCACCGGAGGCAUCUGUGAUUCGCUUCUGACAUCCUUUCUGCGCGCGCUCUCGCCGAGCACGCCGACGGUGCUGUUCCCGGCGAUGAACACGCUGAUGUACAUGCAUCCGCUCACGGCCAAGCAGCUGGCGAUUGCGCGCCACGAGCUCGGCUACGAGGUCGUGGGGCCGAUCAGCAAGCUGCUCGCGUGCGGGGACCUGGGACAAGGCGCGAUGGAGGAGUGGAGCGACAUUGUUGCGCUCGUCGUCAAGCGCUUCGGCCUGGUGCCACAGGAAGCGUCAUCCUAGACGCGCAAAGGCGUGCAUGCUCAAUUUAUCGCUGCUGCGCCUCGUUGCUGUCUGUGCACAAUCCGCAUGGUCCCCCAUGUGGCGGGCCGCUGACGAGUCGAUGAGCCUGGCUUCCGCGACGCAAGGCCGGACGCCUGUUCUCUCUCUGCCUCGCUGUCAUGACUCGCACACACUCGCUGCAGGACCGCGAUGCAUUGCUACCGCACGUCGGCGGGCAGAUAG